AACAGUCAAACCAGCAGUCCAACAGUCAAACCAGCAGUCCAACAGUCAAACCAGGCACAGUCGCUGUACUGUUUACCACAGUGUUUAGAUAAGAUUUGUAGCCCACCCACUGCCACUGUGAUAUUCUUGGAAGCGAACACAAAACUGCAACCAGUGUAUCCUGAGGCAGCCGGUCGCAAUGGAUCAACUCUCUGGUGUUUCCUCCGCGUGGCUGUCGCUGGACGGCCGCAGCCUGCUCCUCUUCACGCUGGUGCUCCUGGUGACCGCAGAGUAUUUAAGGGUCCGUCGGCCCAGCAGCUUUCCUCCAGGACCCUGGGCUUUUCCUCUCGUGGGCAACACGUUCUCCUUUGACCCGAGCAAUGUCCAUAGAGACAUAACUAAGUUAGCAGAGAAGUAUGGGAAAGUGUACAGCCUGAAAAUCAGCGGCUCGUGGACGGUGGUGUUGAAUGGCCUCAGCGCGCUUCAAGAGGGCCUCAGUAAAGGAGCCCUGUCUGAUCGGCCAUACUCUCCACUCCAUAGUGAUGUGUGGCCCGAGAUGGGUAUUGUUUUUUCUAAUGGACAUAAGUGGAAAGAGCAGAGGCGAUUUGCCCUCUUCACUCUCAAAUACUUUGGCGUUGGCAAGAAAUCCCUCGAAUCCUCCAUACUGGAUGAAUUUAUUUAUAUAUCCAAAGAAAUCGCUAAUCAUAAAGGGAAACCCUUCACUCUUCAUUUAAUAAUGAACAACGCUGCCUCCAACAUCAUCUGCUCCCUGGUUUUUGGUCAUCGCUUUGAGUACGGUAAUGAGAAGUUUCUGAAACUGUUGACGUUGUUCGACAAAGGGACCCAGAUUGAAGCCUCCAUUUGGGCAAAGCUGUACAACAUGUUUCCUGUGCUGAUGAGGCGUCUGCCGGGGCCACACCACACGCUUCAAAAUAUAUAUGGUGAACUAAUGGACUUGAUGAAAGCAGAAAUCAAUAAGCACAAGGAAGACUGGAACCCCUCUGAGCCCAGAGACUUCAUUGACUGUUACCUGAAUGAGAUUCAGAAGCAUCAGGACAAGAGGGACGAUGAAGCAGAUGCUGGUUUUAAUGAGAACAAUCUGAUAAUGUGUGCCUUUGAUCUGGUUGGGGCUGGCACUGAGACCACAUCCACCACCCUGCGCUGGGCUUUGCUCUACAUGACAAAGUACCCCGAGAUCCAGGCAAAGGUCCAGGCCGAGAUAGACGGAGUGAUUGGACAGUCCAGACAGCCGUCCAUGGAAGAUCGUGCCAACCUGCCUUACACGGACGCUGUCAUACACGAGGUCCAGAGGAUGGGCAACAUAGUUCCUCUCAGUCUGCCUCAUAUUACCAACAAGGACGUUCAGCUGGGAGGCUACACAAUCCCAAAGGGAGUUACAAUAAUCCCGAAUCUGACCUCGGUGCUGUUUGACAAGAAUGAGUGGGAGACGCCCGACACCUUUAACCCAGGACACUUUCUGAACGAGGAGGGCAAGCUUGUGAAGCGAGCUGCUUUCAUCCCUUUCUCUGCUGGCAAGCGACUGUGUCUCGGGGAGAACCUGGCCAGGAUGGAG